AUGGAAGGCCGACCCAAUCAAACAGUGGACAAUUCAUCGACCUCGCCGCAGCAGCAUUGGCUCCAUGCAGCAACCGCUGCAUACGAACAACCCGUUUCCGCUAUCAAUGCCGUCGACGCCACUUCCGCUACUCAAAGGCUUCAAAAGGAGCUGAUGGAUCUCAUGAUGUGUGGAGGGGAUCUUGGGGUGUCGGCUUUCCCGCAAGGUGAAAGCAUUUUUACAUGGAUCGGCACAAUCGAGGGCGGAAAAGGAACAAUGUAUGAAGGUUUGUCAUACAAGGUUUCCUUGCAUUUCAUGUCGGACUAUCCUUUCAAGCCACCUCAAGUGAAGUUCGAGACCAUUUGCUUCCAUCCCAAUGUGGAUCAGUUUGGUAAUAUCUGCCUUGACAUUCUUCAGGAUCAAUUCCACUUUGAUAAGUGGUCCUCUGCUUAUGACUGUAGGACCAUUCUUUUGUCUGUUCAAAGUCUACUGGGAGAUCCGAAUCCCGAGAGUUCACUCAACAACUAUGCCGCGGCACUUUGGAACAAUAAGGAAGAUUACAGAAAAAUGGUUCGAGCACGGUAUUUUGGUGGGAAGCAUUCGCGAGCUAAUACGCAGAAUCCGUUCUUCGAUUCCAUAUCGGACCGGCAUGUUUGUUUUAUGAUGGAAUUUUCUGACGAACCUUCGAUGUAA